AUGAGCGACGGAACAUCUUCGGAAGCAAGCUACAGCUACGAGUCGGAGUCUCAGCACUGGGAGUUCGGUGACUACGACUAUCUCGACGAUGCUGACGACCAAGUUGAAGUUGAAGACGCCCAAUUUGAAGAUAAUCGGCAACCACUCGCGUUGGGCAUGACCCGUUCGUCGUCCCAAGACGCUCGCGAAGAUCAGCAGCUGGUGACUGACCAGGAUCGAGAUGGUGAAGGUGGGCCCAGGCUGCAAGACAGCAACGAGGACGGCGGAACCGAGGGGGGGCAACGCCGCGACCAAUUGCGGAACACGGGGGUGAGGAGGUGGGAGAUGAUGACUCUGAAAACGACGCGGGUGACGAAAUGGAUCCUAGGGCGGAACAAGCUGGUGGGAACGAUGGCGCUAACUCUGACGACGACGGCAAUCAUGUUCGACGCCAUUCAACUGUCAUCCAUCUUAACGGGUAUCAGUACACCCGAGCGCGUCAGUCACGUGGCUACUGUGAUCGCCCCUGCAGCAGCUGCAGCAGCCGUAGACGUCUCUACACGGAUGGAAGCAGAGACAGACCGCCUCGCGACGACCAAUCAAGGGAUGACAGCUCAGCAAAUCUGGGAGUCUGUGAGUCAACGAUUUUAUCGACGCGACGACGGGAUGGUGAUCAGGGGUCUCACUCACACGGCUCCAAGUGAUGGGGCGCGGACCGAUUUGACGUUCUUCCAGUUCCAGCAUAUCUACCAUGAGGCUGGCCACCUUCAAAGUAUUAUCGGAUGGGCACACCCGCGUCUGCUUGAGCUGCUCCGGUAUCCUGGCAUUCAGCUUUUCAUCGACGGCACAUUUCGUUCGGUGCCUCGCUCAUUUCACCAGUGUGUGGUUGUGAUGGUGCAAGAUGCCGCUAGUCGAGUCUUUAUUCCGGUUGUCUACGUUCUGACAACGAACCGCGCCAUUCCGACGUACAACCGGCUGUUCCGAGAACUUUCCGACGGCGCGCGUAUCGGCUGCUUGUUUCACUGGAAGCAGGCGAUUCGCCGUCGGAUGAUUGCGCUGCACCUGCCAGCUCGCGAGAUUGGUAUUGCCAUGGAAGUUGGAGUGCUGGAUAUGCUGACGGUAGUGCCGCCUGCAGACCGCUACGUCCGCUUGCUGAACGACAUUACUAAUCGACGUGCCGGUUCCCCUCAACAAGGAGUUGUUCAACUCCCGGUACCAGUUCCGUUGACUCGCCAGGGGGCUCAACGGCGUCAGGCUCGCCGUGGAAGACGACAGACCCGGCAGGCCCGAUGGAACAACAAGACAUACGCGUAG